GGGCGGGAGCCGCGGCGGCGGCUGGGCUGACGUGGAGGGUCACGGUUAGCGGGCACUACGAGUUGCGGGAUUGGGGCACGACGGGCCGGGCCGGGCCCUUGGGCCCUCGGCGGCGGCGGCGGUAUAAAGCUGGCGACGGAGAGCAUGUAAUGUCGGAAUGCGGAGGCCGCGGCGGCGGCGGCGGCAGCGGCAGCAGCAGCGGCGGCAGCAGCAGCGACGACGCCGAGGAGGAGGGUGGCGGCGCCGGCCCAGCGGGCUCCGGCUCCCUCAGCCCGGAGCCGGCCAGAGCGUCCUCGGCGGACCGGUUCCGUCGCGGACUGCGCGGGGCCUUCCUCAUGGCGCGCCGGCGCCCGGAGCUGCUCGGCGCGGCCUUGGUGCUCGGCUGCGUGCUGCUCCUCGCCUUCAAGUUCACCUGCAGUCGAGCAAAAGAUGUGAUAAUACCAGCAAAGCCACCUGUCAGCUUUUUCUCCUCGAGGUCUCCGGUUAUUGACCUCUUCCAGGGUCAGCUGGAUUACGCAGAGUAUCUUCGCCAGGAUUCAGAGGUGGUGCUGCUGUUCUUCUAUGCCCCAUGGUGUGGACAGUCCAUCGCUGCCAGGGCAGAAGUUGAUCAAGCAGCGACUCAGCUUUCAGACCAGGUGUUGUUUGUGGCAAUUAACUGUUGGUGGAACCAGGGGAGAUGCAGAAAAAAGAAGCAUUUUUUUUAUUUUCCUGUAAUAUAUCUGUAUCAUCGGAGUUUUGGACCAAUCGAAUACAAAGGCCCCAUGAGUGCUGUUUACAUUGAGAAGUUUGUCCGCCGGGUGAUGAAACCACUUCAGUACAUCCCAUCUCAAUCAGAAUUACUAGAUUUUCUCUCAAACUACGAGCCUGGAGUACUUGGGUACUUUGAAUUCAGUGGUUCACCCCAGCCUCCUGGUUAUGUGACCUUCUUCAGUUCAGCAUUACAUUCAUUAAAGAAAGAUUACCUAAGAACAGUACGAUUUGGGGUUAUCACAAAUAAACAUCUUGCGAAACUGGUAUCCUUAGUACACUCUGGAAGUGUGUAUUUACAUAGACAUUUCAACACAUCACUUGUCUUUCCCAGGGAGGUCCUUAACUACACAGCUGAGAACAUCUGCAAGUGGGCCUUAGAAAACCAACAGACACUCCUUCGAUGGCUGCGGCCACAUGGUGGAAAGAGUCUCCUGCUGAAUAAUGAACUGAAGAAAGGACCAGCCCUUUUUUUAUUUAUUCCUUUUAAUCCCUUAGCUGAAAGUCAUCCUUUAAUAGAUGAGAUCACCGAGGUGGCCUUGGAGUACAACAACUGUCACGGGGACCAGGUGGUGGAGCGGCUCCUUCAGCACUUGCGGCGAGUGGAUACCCCAGUGGUCAAGUCUCUGGCAUCUGAGCCCCCAAUUCAGCUGCUGGACCCACCGCUGAUAACGGCGUCCCCCUGCUGCAACACUGUGGUGCUGCCCCAGUGGCACUCGAUCUCCAGGACCCACAAUGUCUGUGAACUAUGUGUCAACCAGACGGCUGUAGGCAUUAGGCUGAGCUCAGUUAGUGUGCCACAGUGCAGCUUUCUUGAGAUGGCAGCAGCUCUGGAUUCUUUCUACCUCAAGGAGCAGGCCUUUUAUCAUGUGUCGGACAGCAUGGAGUGUAGCAAUUUUCUGAGCUCCUACAGCCCUUUCAGCUACUAUACUGCAUGUUGCAGGACUAUGAACAGGGGCAUGGCAGGCUUCAUUGAUUCUGAACCAGAUGUCUUCAAAUCCCCAAGCAUUGCAUUUUCUUCACUCGAGAAGGAAUGUGAGGUUGAUAUCCCAAGCUCUGUUCCUCACAUUGAGGAGAACAGGCGUGUCUUUCCUGAAGUGGACAUGAAUAGCACAAACUUCACAGGCCUGAGCUGCAGGACCAAUAAGACCCUGAAUCUCUACCUGUUGGAUUCAAAUUUGUUUUGGUUAUAUGCAGAAAGGCUAGGUGCUCCUAGCACCUCUCAGGUGAAAGAAUUUGCUGCAAUUGUUGAUGUGAAAGAAGAAUCUCACUAUAUCCUGGAUCCAAAACAAGCUCUUAUGAAGUUCACCCUAGAGUCUUUUAUUCAAAACUUCAGUAUUCUCUACAGUCCCUUGAAAAGACAUCUUAUUGGAAGUGACUCUGCCCAGUUCCCUUCUCAGCAUUUAAUCACUGAAGUGACAACUGAUACCUUCUGGGAAAUAGUCCUUCAAAAGCAGGAUGUUUUGCUGCUGUAUUAUGCACAGUGGUGUGGCUUCUGUUCUUCCCUCAAUCAUGUCUUCAUCCAGCUAGCUCGCCUCCUGCCAACGGAUACAUUUACUGUUGCAAGGAUUGAUGUAUCUCAGAAUGAUCUUCCUUGGGAAUUUAUGGUUGACCGACUUCCUACUGUCUUAUUUUUUCCUUGUAACAGAGUCCUGGCCAUGACUACCUUGUUUCUCCAAUGCAAAGAGGAAAUAGGGGUCAAGGAGCCUUCUCCCAAGUGUGCAGACUUCUGUGAACAUCUACUACAGGGCUGUCACCUGGAUCUCCUCAUAUUUGUCAGGGUGCUACUCCAAGUUCAUUGAUUACUGCUACUAUUCUGAAAGCCCAGAAAGUAGGGUGAACAUUUAUCAAAAGGAAUAUGAAUUGGCAUUUAGCAUAUGUGGAUGUGGAUGUUUUGGUAGAAAGGGAAAUUAACUCUUGGCCUUUCAAAGCCAAUAAACCAGAUGUUCUCUCCCUUUUUACAGAUUUCCCUUUUGUUAUUAAAAGGAUGGGUCCUUGGGGACCCAGUCACAUGGCUUUACUGGGAAAAAGCAUUUGCUGGGUUAUUUCAGUGAGGUCCCUAACUCAUAUAUGACAUUUACUGUUUUAAUUUCCUGCACUCUUGCCAUUUAUUGUAGCCACUACCUUGCUUUUUGUGUUUUGCCAGGAGAGUGCUUCCUUCAUACAUACUGAAUCAUUUCCUUGUUUUUUCCUCUUUAUCUCAAAGAUUUUUUUCUGGAAUACUUCCUGUGGUAGUAGAGUCUUGUCAAAUCGCACACUAAAAGCAGAGCAUGACUCACCCUAUUGUACUACUGGUUGUGUCUUGAGGACCCUUUUCUUUCUAAGGAGCUUUAAAGAGUCACACAGUCACGGGAUCAUGGACAAUAACACCAGCAAUUCCAUCUGGAUGGGUCAGAGGUUGGGCAUGAAAUUUAAUGAAACAUAAUUUUAGAAUUCCAAACACAGUUUAGAAAAGUAUUAAAGCCAUAACAUCCAGCUCUGGCCUUUGCAUAAAGAAGUUCUCAGCAACUAGAAUCCAUGAAUAUAUAUUAGGAGACAGGGAAAGACAUCCAGAGACUUGGUGGUAGGGAGUUGUGUGUUUGGAGGCCUGAGUCUGGUUUGAGUAGCUUUCAUUCUAAAGUUGUCUGAUGUAGUCAGCAUGGAGGUGAGAUUGUUUUCCACACCCACAUUGGGGUCACUGCAGCCCCUUGGUAUAUUCCCUGAAUUGAAAAAUCAAGAAGGUAAAUAUUGAACAUGAAAAGACUGUCCAGUUCUAUUUUAAUGGAAAGAGCUUACUUGAUCAACUAAAACAUAACUGCUUUGGGAUGGAAUUGUACUUAUUUCCUCAAAAUAAAUUAUAAUCAGAAGUGCCUCAUUACCUCGUCCGAAGUGAGUCUUCAGUUUACUCAGGAAGUAAAUGGGCAAAGGAUAUGAGCUGACAGCUCGAAAAAGAGGAAAUAAAAAAGACUGAUUGGUAACAUGUAACAAGACCUUUUUCACAGUUCUUUUUAGUGAAAAGAAUAUAAAAUGUGUUUUGAUAAAAUACAAAUUUGCACUGGUUAAAAUGUGUACAUAAGGGAAGAAAAGAUGUCAAGAUGUUGACAAUGAUUGAGGAUUACAAGUGAUCUGAUGGUACCUCUUGUGUGCUUUUUGCAUCCUUUGCAAAUUGUCUAGAGUGAGCACAUCUUAUUUUAUAAUCAUUAAAGGAAACCAUAUGAAAGAGCUUGUCCUCUGACCCAGUAUGCAAUCCAGCCCCUCCUGCUCCUGGCUGGGCCAGCCUUCCUGUUCAGGGGCAUCUUAGAACUACCUUCCUUCCACCACUAUGUGUGAUAGUUCAAAAUAUAGGUGCUGUGGCCCCGCUCUGGGCUAGGAUAUCAGAAGUGUGGAAGGGUUCAUUCUAAUGUAUCCCCUGAGGAAGGACCUUACUUCUUCAGAGAAGCAGGCCCAUUCUCCCUCAGUAUGAGAGCCCCUUCUUUGGAGUAGAGCCUUAGACCCCAUUUGUCAUUUUUAAAAUCUGGCCUUUUACAUGCCAGAGGUGCAUAAACAUGCUCCUAGUGAAUUUAGAGGAGAGUCAGGUAAAUAGUGAGACCUCUACCACCACACUUUCAAAGUGAUUAUUUUUUUUGGAAGCAGUUUGUUGACACUCUUUCCUUGCUACUUAUAAAAAGGUUGGAAGCAUUUCAACAUACUCAUCAGGUAGAUUUAUGGAGAUUGCUCCAGAAACUCUAAAAUGGCAUUCUUAGAAUGUUUUCUGCCUGUAACUAUCUCCAGAUACAUACACUGGUCUCUCAGCAGCUCUUUCCCUGGGCAGUGAUUCACAUUUACUCUGCCCGGUUUGUGCUGCAGAUCAGCCUCUGCUUGUUGUUCCUCACCUGCAGAGGCCAGCUGAGAAUGGCUGGGAGGCCCCACUUACGACAGCUUGCAUGUUAGGAAGAUUAUGCUUUAAAGAGGGCGUGGUUAUAUACUUAUCCCCAGAAUGUUUGAAAUUAAUCCAUUUACCUAAAAAUGUCCAUUAACAUUGUAUAAAAAUGGGGCACAUCUGAUUUUAAUUUCCCUGUGAUUUUUAUUUCCUAGGGAAAGUAAUAGAACACCUAUCUUUUCUUAGCUAUUUGGCCACUGGCUCUGUGUAUGAAGAGGGUGUACAAGCUUUUAAUGAAUGGUUUCUGGUUUUUCUAAGGAACAGGGUUUUUUUAAGCUGACAUUCAUUGAGCAUUUGGGUAACUUGUGUAGUCCUGUGAGGGAGAUGGUGCUCUUGUUAACCUUUUAUAGAUGAGGCAGUGGAGGGACAUGGAGAAGCCCCUUUUCUGGGACCUCCUGACAGUGAGCAGUGGCACUGUGAGUUGGCUCCAGACAGGCAGCUUCCAGAGGUGCUGCUCUUAAACUCCAUUUCUUUAAUACUAAAAGUGACAAUAAACAUUAUUUGUCCAAUUCAUACAUAAAACUAGUGAUUUUGAUGUAUUGCAGCCAGGGUGUGUACCAGUAUAUUCAGGAAAAUAUAUCUGUGGUAGAAAUUUGCUCAUCAGACAAUUAAAUGACAAGUUCUAAAAAAGAAUUUUCUACAAAUGGACUUGCAGUGAAGCUUUGGGCAAACCCCCUUCUCAUGUCACCCUCCCUCCUUAUCAUGUGUUCUCAGGACCAGGUAGCUUCAAUUCCUCUGUUUGUCAAGGGUCAGGGCUCCAGUAACAACUUCUCCAUCAUGGCUAUCAAAAUGUCUCCAGGUGUUGUCAAAUGUCCUUUGGGGGCGGGGAAAGAUACAGUCACCCCCAGUUAAGAAUUCCUGCCUUGUAUAAUAUGGAAUACAUGCUAGCCGAAGAAACUGAGCUGUGUUUCAGGUUUUUCCCAUUUUACCAAGCAUUGUUGAUGGCCACAGGAGUGAUGGGGGACAGCCCUGUGCCAGGACAUCCUUCCUGACAUGCCCUGGGCCUCUAAGAGUGUAUAGGCCAUUCUGCCCCUGCAUCACUGGCUUUAGGCUUAGGCCUGGGAGCUCUUGUCUUUCUUGGAAGGUUGUGAAUAGAAACAGCUCUUUGUCCUUAGCAACAGGCCUGUUUGAGAUAAGCCACCUUAAUUACAGAAUGAGCAUGUGGCAUAUCCUCAGCUUUGUAGAAAAAUUUUUGCCCUAAAAGCAUUUUCCUUGCUGAUUUCAGUUAAGUCCAAUCCUCAGAAUAUCUUUUGUAGGAAAUAAACGGCCUGACCUUCAGUAGCAGUCUGGUUUUGGACUAAACAUCUUGGUGUGACUCUCAUCUUUGACUCUUCCCU